AUGCACGAAGGUGAACAACAACUGGAGGAUGCCUUUGUGGAAAUCGAAGCCCGUGACAACGCCUUGGCGGCUAAAGACCAGGCCCUGGCUCAGCAGAAAGCCGCGACUGCGGCUCUUCAAACCCAACUUGACGCCCUUCAACGUCAGACAGCCCACCAUUUGGCCAUCGAUUCGCAACCACCUGCUCAAAACAAUGAGGUAUCUCCAGAUCGGUGUGAUUUCACUACACCACCAAAAAGGAGGAAAAGCAAGGAUACUUCCACGACUAAGAGGAGAGUUGAUAGGUCUAAGACUGGUCUUAAGCCGCCCACUAAGUCAACUCGUACCAGCACGUCUGGUCACUUUCAGCAGCCGAAGCAGCGCUCUUGGAACACGUCUCAGGUCCAGGUGGACACAACUCAGAUGGAAGGUGAUACUACGACAGCUGUGUCCCAGGACGAAAGCCUCUCAUCUCUGACAGCGGCAUCUCCGGGAGGUGUACACCCGUUCUUUCUCCCUUCUCCAUCUGGCAAAUCUGGUACUAGCGGAUCUGCUAAGUUGCCUUCUUCGGCCGGCCGCGGAGCGCCUCGCUCCGCGGCAGGGCCAUGA